UUCGUAUAGGUACUUAUCCGCCUCCACCGAUUUAUUCGAAAACCAAUUUUCAAGGCAGUGAUGAAAAUGAAAUAUUAAUAAAAUCAAUAUCCUACUGAAACUCACUUUAUUGUUUGACUGAACUCUUUGUUUGAAAACUUGUUAUAAUGAGGUCAGUUAUAUAACCUACAGGUAGUAAAGUAUUUUUUACAAAGACAAGAAACCAAUCCAUACAUGUGAAACUUUCUAAUUUAUCAUUCAGUCGUAUCGGUGUUGUAAGUUAUAAGGUGAUAAUUGUUUACAAUGAAUUAGAAUAUUUAGUACCAAAGAAGUAUCAUCAAUUCCUCGGAACGAAAAGGUGUUGCUUACUAACAUAACCGAAUACAAACAACAGAACAAAUUAAUUAGAACAAGUGGAUGCACCUAAAGUUUGAAAUAAGGAAUAUAACAAAAACGUGAAAAACAACCAAAUCGAUUUGGGGGUAUGACCUCGUAAAAGUGGCGGGAAAUUCAAAUAAAGAAGCAGCCACACGAACUUGAACAGAGGAAACAUUUAAUUUAUAGUUUAUACAAUUAUGUUAUUGUUAAACUGCUGAUAACUCAUACCAUUUCACAACACAUUAUAAUUACUCGAGGCUCAAUUACAAGAGAAACUCUCACAAUGCAGAAAUUACCUACCACACAUAAAUCACGUGGUUGUUGUGCAAAAUGUAUCUUAGGAACUUUCAUCUACAUCUUAGUACUCCUGUUGCUGCUUUUCAUCAUAGUGUUUGUCAUUGUCCCUAUAGUUUUCAAGUAUAGCAUAGGAAUUCAAAGAAACAUAAUAUUCCCAUCCUGGGUAAUAACACCGAUAAACUACUCGGAUGUAGAAGCCUCAGGAAUCAAAGGUGUGAAAAACUUUUACCUCACACUUGAUGGAGGAGCCAAUACAACAUCAGACAGUAAUGUAACGCUUGGUGUUUGGCAAAUAUUACCAUAUGAAAUCCUGAGCGACCUCAUCGACAAUGAGGAUUACAAUUAUGAAGGUGCUUUAACGAACGAAAACUAUAAUAUCCUUUUGUAUUUGCAUGGAAACGGCGCAGAUAGGGCAGCUGCUCUAGAAUUGUAUGACAUAUUGCGCAAGUAUUUCCAUAUAUUUGCUGUGGACUAUAGGGGAUAUGGGGAUUCGUCCAUGGCUGAAAUGACAGAAAGUCACAUUGUCACUGACAUGGUAGAGUUUUAUAAAUGGCUCAGGAGUAAAACAAAUUCAAAAAUUUAUGUGUGGGGGCAUUCUUUAGGCACUGGUGUAGGCACACACUUGCUGGCCAGUUUGAAAAAAGAUAACAUUUAUAGUAAAGGUUUGAUUCUGGAAACUCCUUUCACUUCUAUUACUGACGUCAUGCUCACUCACCCCAUCAUAAAGGUUUUCUCGUUUUUGCCGUGGUUCAGAACAACUAUGAUAGAACCAAUUAUUUACAAUGACUUGAACUUCGAGUCAAAGAAGCAUAUUUUAGACGUUGAUUGUCCUGUUAUGAUCCUUCAUGCUAAAGAUGAUACUGUCAUUCCAUACUCAUUUGCAACAGAACUUUACAAUACAGCGGUGAACAACAGAAAUGAAUCAUAUCAGGGUAAUAUAACUUAUCACCUGUUUGAAUCCUUGGGAUAUGACCACAUGUUUCUCUAUAGGGCACCUGAGUUGCCCACAUAUGUGAGAGAUUUCAUGGAUGACUGCAACAGAUACGAAAAAGAACAUAUAUAAAAAUACUCAACUACAAAAACAACUACAUGUGAUACCUAUAUUGUGGAACAAAUUUUUUCACGUUGUUUAUGUUAUCUUUGUUAGAUUGUUUUGUGAGAAAAAUUAUAAUUUUUGGCAUUAAAAAAGAGGUUUUUGUAA